CAAUGCACGUACCGCCCCAGAUGUUCUGUGUCAAUUCUAUAGCAGAGUGAUAAUGAAUAUCUCGCAACCGGUCUCAUCUGCCAUUGGCAGUGUUGACUUUGCGUUUCUUUCUCAAGAUGAGAUUAAACGUCUGUCAGUAAAGGCCAUUCAAAACCCGACAACCUUCGACACUCUUUUGAAUCCAGUUCCAGGUGGAUUAUACGACCCUGCUCUUGGAGCUUGGGGUGAUAUACAAUGUACAACAUGUCACCUCGGUGCCCUGUCCUGUCCUGGCCAUGUCGGCCAUAUCACUCUCCCAGUUCCCGUUUACCAUCCAACUUUUAUGGAUCAACUCCUACGGCUACUACGCGCCAAAUGCGCAUAUUGCCACCAUUUUAAAAUGUCCCGAAAGGAUGUGAACCUAUACCAUUGCAAGCUCCGUCUGAUCCAGGCCGGCCAACUUAGUGCCGCUGAAGAAUUAGACAACAUAGACUUUGUCGCAAAGAAAGCGGCAGCUGUGGAGCAAGAAGACGAAAGCAGCGACUCUGCCGACGAUAAUGGGGUGGAGACCACCAUAAAGCAACGACUCACGUUUGUGAAAAAGGCAAUCCGGGACGCAAAAGCAACACCCUGGGAUUGGAAGCUCGAGAAGAAUGAAAGUGUUGCGGAAGCUCGGCGAGAGGUUAUUAAAAGUUUCCUCAAGUCCAUCACAGUCUCCAAAACAUGCGCAAACUGCAGGGCCAUUUCCAAUGGAUUUCGCAAAGAUCGAUUUGUCAAGAUAUUUGAGAAGCCCAUGUCAGCGAAAGAUGAGGCUAAGAACGCCCAACAAAAUCUUAAGGCGGUCAAUGCUAUGCGCAUUGUGUCCAAAGAUGCAAAGAAGUCCAACGGAUAUGCGUCGGAUGAAGGCAUCGCCGAUAUAGAUCUUUCGUCAAACGAAGAGGACGAAGGCGAGGGGCAUACUCUCGAUGUCGCUGGGGGCCUUGUCUCGAAAGAGCGUUCAUCAUCAGAAACCACUGCGAUCUCCAAACAGAAGUCAUCCACCACAGCAGCUGAGCGAUAUGUCAAUCCUAUGGAAGUAAGGGCGAGCUUGACACUGCUCUUCGAGAAGGAACAAGAAAUAUUGUCAUUGGUCUAUGCUUCUAGAUCGUCGACAAAGAAACCAGCCGUUAUCACUUCCGAAUUCUUUUUCUUGCAAACUCUUCUUGUUCCGCCAAACAAGUAUCGACCAGAAGCGCGAACCGGAGCUGGGGAGAUUGCUGAGGCUCAACAGAAUGCUUUAUAUAAGCAAAUCCUGACCGCAGGUCAUAUGACAGCUCAAAUAUCGAAAGAAUUGGACAACCCUGAUUUAGCCGACACCAAAUACCGGAGGAGAGACUUCUCGGAUCUUCAAGAAUCGUGGGUGAAGCUUCAGGAUAGCGUCAAUUCCUUGAUAGACCGAGAUAGGAACCCGAUCCAGGGCGCUGCCGGUAAGAAAAAUGAAGACGGUAUCAAGCAAAAGCUUGAAAAGAAGGAAGGAUUGUUCCGCAAGAACAUGAUGGGAAAACGUGUCAACUUCGCUGCAAGAAGUGUCAUUUCUCCCGACCCCAACAUCGAGACCAAUGAAAUCGGUGUUCCACCUGUUUUCGCAAGAAAGCUUACAUAUCCCGAACCUGUCACGAGCCACAAUUUCAAGGAGCUACAGCAAGCCGUAAUUAAUGGAGCAGACAAGUGGCCCGGUGCAGCUGCUAUUGAGAAUGAGAAUGGACAAGUAAUCAACCUACGAACGAAGACUCCAGAUGAACGGCAAAGUUUAGCAAACCAGCUUCUGGCUUCAUCUGGUGUUGGCGCCAAUGGGGCACGGAACAAAAAAGUUCAUCGUCAUCUCACCAACGGAGAUGUCGUUCUCAUGAACCGUCAGCCCACCCUCCAUAAGCCGUCUAUCAUGGGACAUCGCGCGAGAGUUCUCCCUGGCGAAAAGACGAUUCGUAUGCACUACGCCAAUUGCAAUACCUACAACGCCGAUUUUGACGGUGAUGAGAUGAACAUGCAUUUCCCCCAAAAUGAGGUUGCGCGAGCUGAAGCUCUCCAAAUCGCCGACACUGACCACCAGUAUCUUGCCGCAACGGCCGGAAAACCGCUACGUGGUCUUAUUCAGGACCAUAUUUCAGUGUCGGUCUGGAUGACGAACCGUGAUACUUUCUUCGAUCGGGCGACCUAUCAGCAACUGGUUUACAAUUGCCUUCGUCCCGAGAGCGGCCACAUUAUUGGCGAACGUAUCGAGACUGUUCCUCCAGCCAUAAUCAAGCCAUUCCCACAGUGGACUGGAAAACAAAUCAUCACCACAAUUCUGAAGAAUAUUACGCCACUAGGAUACACUUCCCUCAACCUUAUUAGCAAAUCCCAAGUUCCUGCUGAUCGUUGGGGACCAAAGUCUGAGGAAGGCCAGGUUUUAUUUCAGGAUGGAGAAUUGAUAACCGGAAUUCUCGACAAGUCGCAACUAGGACCUAGUGGCGGUGGCUUGAUUCAUUCGUUGCAUGAAGCACAUGGACCGACAGUUGCCGGGAAAAUGCUCAGCAUACUAGGGCGACUUCUCACCAAGUUUCUUCACAUUCGAGCAUUUUCUUGUGGUAUGGAAGAUCUUCUUUUGACCUCCGAGGGUGAAAAAACUAGGAAGGAAAAGCUCAAGGAUGUCCACUUAAUCGGAUUAGAAGUGGCCGCCAAGUAUGUAACAUUGGAGGACCGGAAACCAACAGCCAAUGACCCUGAACUACGAAACCGACUCGAAGAUGUGUUGAGAGAUGACACUAAACAGGAAGGCCUUGAUGUGAUGAUGAACGGCAGUUCCAACAAACUAUCGUCAGAAAUUACCAAAGCAUGUUUGCCACAUGGGUUGGUGAAACAGUUUCCGAAGAACCAAAUGCAGAAUAUGACCGUGUCCGGUGCAAAGGGCAGCGCUGUCAAUGCCAACCUUAUUUCAUGCAAUCUGGGGCAACAAGUUUUGGAAGGUCGCAGGGUUCCAGUUAUGGUCUCCGGGAAGUCAUUGCCUUGCUUCAAGCCAUUCGAAACUAACGUGCGAGCUGGCGGGUAUAUUGCAAAUCGAUUCUUGACAGGUAUAAGGCCUCAGGAAUACUACUUUCACGCCAUGGCUGGAAGAGAAGGACUUAUUGAUACAGCAGUCAAAACCUCCAGAUCUGGAUAUCUUCAGCGCUGUCUCAUCAAGGGUAUGGAGGGACUGAAAGUCGAAUACGAUACAUCCGUUCGCGACUCCGACGGUUCUAUGGUUCAGUUUUUGUACGGCGAGGAUGGACUCGACGUUACCAAAACGAAGCAUCUAACGGACUUCAAGUUCUUAUUGCAAAACAUAGAAUCUGUCGUGGCCCAAAUGAAACUCGGAGACGACCUUGAAGUUAUUGGAGAGCACCAAGAGAAAAUCCAGAAGAUGAUGAAACGCGGCAUAAAGACAGCAAAGGCAAAUACCGCCGAUGUGUCCGAUCCCGUCUUGGCCCAUUAUCACCCAGGCAGGCACUUGUACUCGACCUCGGAGAGUUUCAACCGUUCAUUGAGUAGCUAUAUCAAGGAGAACCCAGAUGGCCUCAUCAAGUCAAAGAGCAACCCAAAUGCGUACAGUAAAAAGGAACUAGGACCUAUUCUGAACGUAAAGUAUCUGAAAUCGGUUGUUGAGCCCGGAGAGGCCGUUGGAAUUGUCGCUGGCCAAUCUAUUGGCGAACCUUCUACGCAGAUGACACUUAACACCUUCCAUUUGGCUGGUCAUUCGGCAAAGAAUGUCACUCUCGGUAUCCCACGUCUUCGAGAAAUCGUCAUGACCGCAAGUAACAAUAUCUCUACUCCAUCUAUGACUCUUCAAGUCAACGAGGAGAUGACGGAAGAGGCUGGCCAAAAGUUUGCUAAGGGCAUAAGCAAACUCUCAUUGGCGGAGGUGCUGGAUGAGGCUUCAGUUAGUGAGCGAAUCGGCAGAGGAACUUCACAGUCUCGGGCAAAAAUCUACGACAUCAACUUGAAGUUUUUCCCCCCACAGGAAUACAAAGACACGUAUGCCAUAGAUGUCGCCGACGUCAUUUCUACAUUGGAGAAGAAAUUUGUUCCAAAGCUACAGUCUCUUGCGAGAAAAGCUCUUGGGAAGAAGAAGGGCGAAAAGAAGUUGAAGUCUGCUGCUAAUACGGCUGCCGUCCCGGAAAUUGGCAAGUCUGUGGGUAUCAUUGAAGAGGCUAGGCCUGAGGGGGAAAAGGAACCUCGCGAUGAGGACGAUGAGGAUGAGGAUGAUGACGGUGAUGCUACGAAUGCCAAGCAAAAGGCCAACCGCGGACAGGCGGUCUCUUAUGGUGCCAACGACGAAGAGGACGAUGCCGUUCAAACCCAGAUGGAAAGGGAGGCAUCACCCGAAGACGAGGAUGACAGAGAUGACGAAGGGUUCCAGGGCGGGUCGCGCGGUUCAAGAUUGGGCAACGACGAGGACUACGAGAACGACGAAGAAGAAACAGGCGCCGCCGACCAGGCCCUUUCUGAUGACCGCCAGUCAAGGGUCAUGUCCAAAAACGCGGAUGUAUCUCGGUUCCGAUGUGAUGAGGGUGGCUCGUGGUGUAAGGUCACGCUCGAGUAUGAUGCCAGUUCGCCAAAGGUCCUCAUGCUGAAUAUUCUUGAGAGCGCUCUCCACGCCUCGUUAAUUCAGCAAAUUUCCGGGCUUGAUACGUGUACAUAUGUAGCUGGGAAGGGUUCCGAUGCUGCUGUUGUCUAUGCCUCCGGAGUUAAUCUCAAGGCUAUGCAGAUGUACAGCGACUACAUCAACCCGAACAAGAUCUCGACUAACGACAUUGCUGCGAUGCUAGAGCACUACGGUGUUGAAGCCUGCCGAGCAACAAUUAUUCAAGAACUGUCCGGGGUCUUCGGAGGCCACGGUAUCGCCGUGGACAACCGCCAUCUGAACCUCAUUGCUGAUUUUAUGACGAGGGGCGGCGGCUUCAGUCCUUUCAAUCGCAAUGGCCUGAAGGGCAGUGUCAGUCCUUUCUUGAAGAUGAGCUUUGAGACGACUAUUGGGUUCCUCAAGGACGCCGUAAUGGACGGUGACUGGGAUGAUCUGAGAAGCCCCAGCGCGAGAAUAGUGAUUGGGAGAACUAGCAAAGUUGGAACUGGAGCCUUUGAUGUUUUGACAAAGGUCCCCGUUGACAGCGACACCGACCAUGUGAUGUCAGGUUGAGGUAUUACUGGUGCGACUUGGGCUGCUUAGAUCAUUAAAUUUUGGCGCGAAGGAGUGGGCAGUUAUUACGGGCAGGUUAUUGAUGGUUUUUGCAAGUGAUUGGAAAAAUAGAAGCUGUGUAUGUAAAAACGAUAAGUG